CAUAAUGGCCUCCCUUUGGGAGAUGGGAGCAUAUGCUUUCCGCGCUCUUGGAUCCAAGAACCAGCAAUCCUCUGGCAUUGCGACUGUUGCUCAGAUCUUAGUGCUGGUGGCUCCUAUCUGGGUCAAUGCCUUUGCAUACAUGGUCUUUGCUCGAAUGGUCCACUUCUAUUCGCCCACUCGCAAAGUCUGGUUUCUCUCGCCUUCUAUCCUCGCUCUGGUCUUCGUCACCCUAGAUAUCGUUUCUUUCGUCGUUCAACUCAUCGGCGGUGGAAUGGCUGGCCCUGGUGCAAGCGCAGAUGCACAAAAGAAGGGUCUGAACAUAUACAUGGGCGGAAUUGGUAUGCAAGAGGGCUUCAUUGUUCUGUUCUUGGGCCUAGUCAUCAAAUUCCAUCGCGACCAGCUACGGGCAGAAAGAGUAGGACGACUGACUGCGGACAAGAUGGGUAGCUGGAGAUGGUUAAUCGGGGCGCUCUACGGAUGUUUGCUGGCGAUCACAGUUCGCAUCGUCUACCGCCUCGCUGAGUUCUCCGGUGGUCUCGACCACAGUAAUCCUCUUCCAAGUAACGAGCCACUCCUGUACGUCCUGGAGUCGACACCAAUGUGGUUGGCCAUCUUGGUUUGGAACGUUGUCCAUCCAGGUCGCUUCAUUCGUGGCGAUGGCGCGAAGAUGCCGCGUUCAUGGCUUUCUCGCCAUCUGUGCUGCUGCUGUCGCAAACGUCGCUGCGACGAAUGCCAUAGCAAACUCGGCCACGGCGGGCUUCACCACCAUGUGGCAGAUGAUGCAGAACUAGAGAACAACAGGGAGAUGUUUCCUAUCCAGAUGACCCCCGCGGAUCGCGUCGUUGCUACUCCAGUCGAUCCUUUCCUGGACGCAUCAUCUCGUGCCUCGUCUCCGUACGGAUUGGACAGAGAGCGGGAACGAUUUCGGUGAGAACAAGUCCAGUAUUUAAAUUUUGAAGUACCAGGCAAGGAAUAAGGUUUACGUGGCAUUGGGGGGACAGCUUGUGCAGAAUAACUGAGCAUCUUGUUAUCACUCCGCACUCCGCAAAAGGUGACGCAGUAGGCCGAUCCUUCCGCGGUCCGAUAGUCUGACUCUCUAGUGCUGCACCAACUUUGAGAGAAAAGAGGAUUAGUGAACUUUGAUCUUCAAACACUUUAUUUCUCUACAUUCUACGUAAGACUUUGAUAAUUGAUUAGCUUUGUGUUCAUUCAAUCCAC